AAGUCACCCCGCCAGAGCAACGGAGAGUUCCUGCAGCUCAGCUGACCGGGGGCGGGUCCUGGGCCGGGCCUGGGGCGGGGAGAGCUUGCGUCUCGCCCUCUUCCGAGCCUACUAGGAGGCUUUCAUGCGGGUUCCCAGCAGCCCCGCGAUCCUACCCUUCUGGGUCCCGGCGGCGCCGGCCCCCGGAAUGUGCCUUCACCUGCUCCUGCUGCUAGCGCUGUGCUGGGUGGGCCCCAUUGGCGGGACGCGCACCUACAGCUUGCAAGGAAGAUGGAAGAUCCGCAGCGGGAACGGCUCGCUGGAGCUGCCCGGGACGACCCCUGGCUGCGUGCACAGCGCCUUGGUCCGGCAGGGCCUGAUACAGGAUCCUUACUACAGAUUUAAUGACCUUAACUACAGAUGGAUCUCCUUAGAUAACUGGACCUAUAGCAAGAAAUUUAAGAUUCCCUUUGACAUUUGCAAAUGGCAAAAAGUAAAAUUGAUUUUUGAGGGAGUUGACACAGUUGCAGAAAUCCUGCUCAACAAGGUCACUAUUGGGAAAACAGACAACAUGUUCAAUAGAUAUAGCUUUGAUAUUACCAGUGUGGUCAGAAACGUGAACUACAUUGAGCUGCGUUUCCAGUCCGCAGUGUUGUAUGCAGCACAGCAAAGCAAAGCCCACACGCGCUACCAGGUGCCGCCAAAUUGCCCUCCCCUUGAGCAGAAGGGCGAAUGCCAUGUCAACUUCAUUCGAAAGGAGCAAUGUUCCUUUAGUUGGGACUGGGGGCCUUCCUUUCCUACCCAGGGAAUCUGGAAAGAUGUUAGAAUUGAAGCCUAUAAUAUUUGUCAUCUGACCUACUUCACAUUUUCCCCUGUAUAUGAUAACAGUGCCCAGGAGUGGAAUCUUGAAAUAGAGUCUUCUUUUGAUGUUGUCAGCUCAAAGCCAGUUGGUGGUCGAGUGACUGUAGCUAUCCCUAAAUUGCAAACACAGAAGACAUAUAGUAUUGAACUUCAGCCUGAGAAAAGAAUUGUUAAGCUAUUAGUGAAAAUUAACAAGAAUAUUACUGUAGAAACUUGGUGGCCUUAUGGACAUGGAAACCAGACUGGGUACAACAUGACAGUUCUUUUUAAACUGGACCAAGGUUUGGAUAUUGAAAAAUCAGCCAAGGUUUAUUUUAGGACGGUAGAACUUGUAGAAGAGCCUAUAGAAGGGUCUCCUGGUCUAAGUUUUUACUUCAAAAUUAAUGGAUUUCCCAUAUUUCUGAAAGGCUCGAACUGGAUCCCAGCAGAUUCAUUCCAGGAUCGAGUAACCUCUGACUUGUUACGACUCCUUUUGCAGUCGGUUGUGGAUGCCAACAUGAAUACUCUCCGGGUUUGGGGAGGAGGAAUUUAUGAGCAGGAUGAAUUCUAUGAAAUCUGUGAUGAACUAGGAAUAAUGAUAUGGCAGGAUUUUAUGUUUGCCUGUGCCCUUUAUCCAACUGAUAAGAGCUUCCUGAAUUCAGUGAGAGCAGAAGCUGCUUACCAGAUCAGGAGACUGAAAUCUCAUCCCUCUAUCAUCAUAUGGAGUGGCAAUAAUGAAAAUGAAGCAGCGUUGAUGAAGAAUUGGUUUGAUAUAUGCCCCAGUGACCUGCAAACCUACAUCAAUGACUAUGUCAUACUGUAUGUGAAAAACAUCAGAGAGAUUGUCUUGGCAGGAGACAAGACUCGUCCUUUUAUCACGUCCAGUCCUACAAAUGGAGUUGAAUCCAUUACAGAAGGCUGGCUGUCUGCCAACCCUUAUGACACGCACUUUGGUGACAUUCAUUUCUAUGACUAUGUCAGUGAUUGCUGGAAUUGGGAAGUUUUCCCUAAAGCUCGAUUUGUCUCUGAAUAUGGAUAUCAGUCCUGGCCUUCCUUCAGUACAUUAGAAAAGGUCUCAUCUAAAGAGGACUGGUCUUACACAAGCAAAUUUUCACUUCAUCGACAACACCAUCCAAAUGGUACUGAUGAAAUGCUUCAUCAGGCUGGACUUCAUUUCAAACUCCCCCAAAGCACAGAUCCACUACGUACAUUCAAAGAUACCAUCUACCUUACCCAGGUGAUGCAGGCCCAGUGUGUCAAAACAGAAACAGAAUUCUACCUCCGCAGUAGAAGUGAGAUAGUGGAUGGUGAAGGUCACACCUGGGGAGCCCUUUAUUGGCAGUUGAAUGACAUCUGGCAGGCUCCAUCCUGGGCAUCCUUAGAGUAUGGAGGAAAGUGGAAAAUGCUUCAUUACUUUGCUCAGCAUUUCUUUGCUCCACUGUUGCCAGUGGGCUUUGAAAAUCAUGAUGUGUUUUGUGUCUAUGGUGUGUCAGACCUACGCUCGGAUCACAGGGUGACACUUACUGUGAGAGUCCAUACGUGGAGUUCCUUGGAGCUUUUAUGUUCUCAUGUGACUGGAUAUUUUGUGAUUAAAGCAGGGGAGGCCAUUCUCCUCUAUAAUGAGCCCGUGACUGAAUUGCUGCGGAGGUGUAGGAGUUGUACGCGGCAAAGUUGUGUGGUUUCCUUUUAUCUUUCAACGGACAACGGACUCUUGAGCCCAACCAACUAUCACUUCCUGUCCUCCCUGAAGGAGGCCGUGGGGCUUCAGAAGGCACAGAUCACUGCCACCAUCUCUCAGCAAAAUGACACAUUUGCCUUUGAUCUGGAAACUUCAGCUGUUGCUCCCUUUGUUUGGUUGGAUGUAGGAAGCAUUCCAGGGAGAUUUAGUGACAACGGUUUCCUCAUGACUGAGAAGACACGAACUAUAUUAUUUUACCCUUGGAAGCCCACCAGCAAGAAGGAAUUGGAACAUUCUUUUCAUGUGACGUCCCUGACAGAUAUUUACUGAGGGAAUCCAGGUUGUAGUCUCAGUGGACACUGGAAGGCACCCAAGUCAAGUUGAAGGAGCUGGUUGCUGUCACACAUCUGAUCAUUUGUUCCCUGAAGAGUUUGUACGGUGGCUGCUUUCAGGGAAGACAGGGAAGAUUGUUUACUCGGGUCUUAUCCUCAACAAGGCUGUGCCUCGGUGUUCUUAAAACUGCCAGGGCUGUAUUUUUAGCUCUUCACCUCACGACUUUAGCACCAGAUACCAAUUAUCGCCAGACAGCCUCUCCUAUUCGGAAAAGAAAGUCCACACUCAUUGCCUUCUCAGGGAAACACAGGGGUGGGACCACUGCAGUAUCACAGCUACCAUACGUGGAAGGUUUUGAGGUGAUAGAGGCCUCUCACAAUCAGCUUUGAGAAAUACCGGAUAAUCAAAAUGAAACUGCUUUGUUAUUAUUCCCAGAGGAAAUGGGGGAGUUUCAGAUGUCACAAAAGAAAGAGAUUUCUUAGUGGUAGCCAUGUUUGUUAUUUUGAUGGAUGGUUUGGGAGGAUGAUUGUCUCCAUUCCAGUUUGGGGGUAGAAGGAUUUUUUUUUCCAUUUGUGGGUUUUGUUACAAAAUGCUAUUUUGAACAAUAACUUUUUAAUAAAGGCCUUUAGAGUAA